AUGGAGCGGGGUAAAAGAGCUUUUUAUGAGGAGUAUCAAGAGAAAGAACACGCGAUGGAAGGACAGCCAAUUCGUCCAGAUCGAGAUAAAACUGGUCGUCAACGGAAUCCACGUCGAAGUAGCACCUAUGAGAAUGUUUUCAUUAAAAAAAUGUCUGCAGCAUCGGUGUCUGCAGAUUUACCGUCGAUGGCAACGUCGGAAAAAGAUGAAGAAUUCAGUGACGAUGCGCAGAUGUCUAGUCCGUCGUCACGUGCAGAAUCUGCACCAGUGGAAUUAAGGCAAUCAGUACCGGUUGCAGUUGGCGAUGAAAUGGUAUUGGGUACACUGUUGGAAGUGGAUCAUAUUUGUUCACAACUUCGGGAUGUUGAACCGCCGACUGUAAUAGCAGCAAAUGUGGAUUUGGUCGAAGCCAUUUCACGACCAUCAACAAUUGCAGCACGUUCUGAGGUCAAAUUACGUCGAAUAUGUUUAACCAUUGAAUAA